AGUCGAACUUGAUUCCGCCGGAGGUGGUGAUGUUACGUAAGCGGGAGGUUGCUUGGCGUGGCGGACGAUUUUGAGGUGAUUCCCCAGUCUCGACUCGCUCUUGAUCUUGCGCUGCGGUCACGUCGGUUUUCGGUGCGAUUUUCGCUUGUGUGAUAGAGACCCGUGUGCUUUGGCUUGCUGUGGAGUUUGGAUUCUGCUGUCUGGUUGUGUCGUGUGCUGUAUCUGAGAAAUCGAGUCCGCGGGGCUCUUAACCGUCAAGAUGGUGAACAUUACGGAAAAGAUCAAGGAGAUUGAGGAUGAGAUGCGCAGGACGCAGAAGAACAAGGCCACAGAGUACCAUCUUGGUCUACUGAAGGGAAAACUCGCCCGACUGCGCGCCCAGCUCCUGGAACCCACGGGUGGCUCCAGUGGCGGUGGUGUCGGUUUCGAUGUCAGCAAGAGUGGUGAUGCGCGUGUGGCUCUCGUCGGUUUUCCGUCCGUCGGUAAAUCCACCUUCCUGAGCAAGAUCACCAAGACGAAGAGUGAGACGGCUGCGUAUGCGUUCACCACCCUCACUGCCAUUCCGGGUGUCCUGGAGUAUGGAGGCGCGGAGAUCCAGAUUCUUGAUCUGCCGGGUAUCAUUGAGGGUGCCUCGGAGGGUAAGGGACGAGGAAGACAGGUUAUUUCUGCUGCCAAGACUAGUGAUCUCGUUCUCAUGGUCCUGGAUGCCACGAAACGAGCUGAGCAACGAGCGCUGCUGGAGGCGGAAUUAGAUGCCGUAGGCAUCAGGCUGAACAAGGAGCCUCCGAACAUCUACCUCAAGCAGAAGAAGGCGGGUGGUAUGAAGAUCACCUUCCAGACGCCGCCCAAGUUCCUCGACGAGAAGAUGAUCUACAACGUUCUCCGCGAUUACAAGAUGCUCAACUGCGAAGUCUUGGUCCGGGAUGAAUAUGCCACUAUCGACGACUUCAUCGACGUGAUCAUGAAAGACCACCGUAAAUACAUCAGAUGUCUCUAUGUCUACAACAAGAUCGACGGCGUCAGCCUGGAUUUCCUCGACCAACUAGCCCGCGAGCCCUACACUGCUGUCAUGAGUUGUGAACUGGACCUGGGCGUUGAAGACGUCGUGGAUCGCAUCUGGAAGGAACUCCGCUUGAUCCGCAUCUACACGAAACGGAAGGGAGAGGAACCUGACUUUUCCGAGGCUCUGAUCUGCCGCAGCAACUCGACCAUUGAGGAUGUGUGCGACAACAUUCACCGGACCUUGAAGGAGACGUUCAAGUAUGCGAUGGUCUGGGGCGCGAGUGCGCGACAUAUCCCCCAGCGGGUGGGAUUGGGGCAUGUGGUGUGCGAUGAGGAUGUGGUGUCGAUUGUUGCUAAAUGAGCGGAAGAUAGUUUAACAACACGGUCGAUAUUGCCUGUCAUGAUGUCUGUUCGGAGUAGAUACCAGGUUCGGGGACUUUCUCUGCCGAUCGCUUUUAUUCCGGGAUGAAUGGAAGAGCCCUUCUUCCCCCAGCCGGCGAACGGGUGGGUGGUGUG